AGAUUCCAAUCCCCCUCUUCAACUUGUCACCAGUGGCGAUUUUAUUGCUUGUGCUCAAUGAUGGCGCUGUGGAAAUAUGCCAAAAGAAGUCCUCAAUAGUUGCAGGAGAAGAGGAAAUUUCCUAUAUCAGUGAAUGAAUUCAGGCCUUUAUCAAAUUCCCAGCUUCAAUGCCUGCCGCUCGUUUUGCCUUUUUCCCUAUUCGACAUCGCUGUGCGUUCCUCCUCCUUCUCUCUCUUCGCCAUUUCUUCUGUUGAUUUCCAUCCAGAGCUUGCUUCUUCCGCUCAAAGAUUGUAUCUUUCGCUCUCUACUCGUCCAAAGAUCCCAUCUCGCAGUCGAAGUUUACUUCUUGUCUAGGGUUACUUCAAGGCGACGCGAGAUUGAUUCGGAGCCAUGAUGUUGGAGGAGAGCAAGGGGAGUAGGAGGGAUCAGUUCCCUGUGGGCAUGCGUGUUCUUGCGGUGGAUGACGAUCCUCUCUGUCUCAAGUUGUUGGAGGCCCUUCUGCUCCACUGCCAGUACAAUGUUACCACGACUGAUAAAGCGAUCACGGCACUGAACUUGUUAAGAGAGAACAAAGACAGAUUUGAUCUAGUUAUCAGUGACGUGCACAUGCCGGACAUGGAUGGAUUCAAGCUUCUAGAGCUUGUGGGGCUCGAGAUGGACUUGCCGGUUAUCAUGUUGUCUGCAAAUGGAAACACCCAAACUGUGAUGCAGGGAAUCAGUCACGGUGCUUGUGACUAUCUGCUGAAGCCAGUGCGGAUCGAGGAACUGAGGAACAUAUGGCAACAUGUUAUUAGGAGGAGGAGGUUUGAAAAAGGAUGCAACAGUAGGUAUGAUGACCACAAGACUCAAGUCGCUGAAGAUGGAAAUGAGGCAGAUGAACUCAAUGGAAAAAUCAACAAGAAGCGCAAGGACCAGAGGGAGGCUACCGACGAAGAUGACAGUGAUGACGAUUUGCAAGAGAAUGAUGAUCCAUCUUGCCAGAAGAAGCCUAGAGUUGUCUGGACUAUUGAGCUGCAUAGGAAAUUUGUUGCUGCAGUCAAUCAAUUGGGUAUCGAGAAGGCUGUACCCAAAAAGAUCCUUGAUCUUAUGAAUGUCGAAAAGCUAACAAGAGAGAAUGUAGCAAGCCAUCUGCAGGCAUGCUUCUCAACUUUUAAGUAUAGGCUCUAUCUCAAGAGGCUCAGUUUAGUGGCCGGACAACAGGCUUCUGUGGUUGCAUCAGUUGGAGGUAGACACUCGUCGUAUCUGAAUAUGGCUUCUUUGAAUGGUUUCCGAAAUUACUAUACAAUUGGGGGUUCAAGACAACUGCCAACAAUAGGAUCUCUUCAAUCAAAUGGAGUUCUCGGUCGAAUGAAUGGUCAAUCAAUGAUCGGAAUGCAGGGGCUGCUGCCUUCCCCGACUGUUCAGCACGAUGGAAUGCACAAAAGCACAAGCUAUACAUGCAUCGAUAAUUUAGGAAAGAUUCAAGGGAUCAGUCUGCUAGGAAACCAUCAGAUGAAUUUGGAGUUGGAACCGAAAAAUCAGUUGCCUGCCGGCUUUUCUAGUAGUGAACUUGCUACUGGUCCGAAAGCCAAUUCUUUUCAAAAUGUUACUAACAGUCACACGCCAGUUCAAGCGAACAAGCAGAAGAUUCAAUUAGGAGGAUUGUGCGAUUUCUCACCUGUCAAAAUGUCUUCCUCAAGCACAGAGUUUUUUGACUUUGAUCUUCAAGAUAUUUCUGAGUUUUCGGGCAACAACAGAUCUAGUGGUGUCUCAUGGCAAGGUGCUGCUGGCUCAACCGAUGAUCCUGCCAACACAUUGGUAACACUUCCUCUAGGUCACAAUGUCAUAUCUUCUGGUAAUAUUGGAGGAAGUCUUUCUUCAACAACUUCUCAUGGAUCCACCAAUCCUUUCUAUAAAUCUCCAAACACAAUGGCCAUUGCUCCUCUGCAUGACCCAACUACAGAUAGCAGUAUCAAUAAUCAAGUCCAUUCGGACAAUGAUCUUAAAUUACCUCAUUUCAGUAUGAUGAACAACUCUAAACAGAGGUGGGGUUAUGCUUUCCAUCCGGGUGCUGCUUCAAGUGCUUACGCAAGUUCUUCGUUGCCCGAUCUUUGCAACGACCAUACAAGCGGCGAGCUUAACACGCCGGAGGUCAUCUUGGGUGGCAACAGGCUGGAUGUGAAUGCAGUAGGCCAACUGAAUUUUGCUGAUCCACUUAUCACACAGAAUUGCAUGACCGACGAUAAGGGUGAAUAUGGAUUGGGGAAUCAUGCCAUUGUUAAACCUGACAGCGACGAUGUAGCGUUCCCCGAUAUUGAUAUCUACUCCAUUGGUGCUCGCAUAUAGUCAGUCUCUCAUCCAUGGAUUUGGGAAACAGAGAGUGAUUAUAUUAAUUGCUGUAGAUUAUCCUUCAAUUUCUCUGCACGAUAUUGGUUUACUUAUUUUUCCUGUUUUUUCUA